AUUAUCUUGGCGGAUCCAUAAGGAGCACUGUAUAUGAAGCUCAUAGUCGGCGCCCGCUCUUUGCAGCCGGCCUCAGAGGGCCGAAAACGUCACGGUCAAAAGGGAUGCACUGCUUGUCAAGCGCGUUAGCACGAUUUAAACUAAAUGGUUUUAAUCAUGAUGAAGGGAUGAUUCUUUUCCUUUUCAGUUACGACUGCUCAGUGUAAAUCAGCGCAACAUUUGCUUUGGUCACUCUCUACCCCCCAUCGGAUAGAGGGAACGACGAAGAUGACGGCACUUGUCAGCCCGCCCGGCCCUUUGCUCAUCGCGACCCACAACGCCGGCAAGCUUCGCGAAUUCAGGCAGCUUCUUCAUCCUCUCGGGUUCCAGGUGCUCUCUGCUGGAGAUGCGAACCUCGAGGAGCCCGAAGAGACGGGAACGACUUUCGAAGCCAAUGCCCAGAUUAAAUCGCUUGCAGCAGCUAGGGUUGCCAAGGUCGCGAGCCUCUCGGACGACUCGGGUCUCUGCGUCGAUGGCCUCGAGGGUGCGCCCGGCAUCUACUCGGCACGCUGGGCAGGCCCUUCGAAAGAUUUUGCAAAGGCGAUGGAAGACGUCAAUGAUCAGCUCAACGCCAAGGGCUUGAUAAGGCCUGAGCAGCGCCGAGCAAAAUUCGUCGCCGUCCUCAGCCUCGCUGACCCUGAUGGGUCUACGACAACGGAGUUUCGAGGAGAAGUUCACGGACAUAUUGUCUGGCCGCCGAGGGGAAACAAUGGAUUCGGAUACGAUGCUUGCUUUCAACCGGACGACGAGAUAUGCCAAGGAAAGACAUUUGGAGAGCUGAGCGCUGAAGAAAAACAUGGCUGGGCGCCCGGAGCGCAAAGCGCCCUGAGCCAUCGCGCGAGGGCGUUCAAGUUGUUCGCGAGAGAUGCAUUGGGCCUCAAAGACGCCUAGUGCUCUUCAUUUCGCCUCGGUCCUCUUACCGUUUGCUGAAGCAGUCAGGCAUUGAAGCAGAAUACAUCUCAAGCCCAUGCUAGAAAUCCUCUCGAAGUGACAGUAAUCAACACU